AUGGAGCACAAGGACCUGAAGGAAAUGCUCAGCAAGAUGAGCGAUGACCACAACACACUUCUGACCAAAGCCUUGACGCUGGCAGGAAAGCCUGGAAGUAAUAUGCGCCGUGCUAUUUGGCUCUGGAAUGAAGACGUGUGUGCGGAAGCUCUUGGGGAGAAUGAGCUGGAGGGGGAGAUUCCAAAAUGCAACGGAAAACAGCUUCUGAUGGAAGAAGUGAAGUUCGAGAAGGGUGAUGACCAAAAAAAGGUGGACACCAUGGUGAAGCGAGUCAUCCAGAUGUUCAUGGAGGAUCAAGCACAGGCUGAGAUUCCGUACGUGCCCCCAGAAAGCGCCAAAGGUCGUGCGGUUUGGAUGUGGAAUCAGGACCAAGUGAAGGAGUUCCUGGGCGAAGUUGAAAUUGAAGUGGACAUCGCCUCUGGGAUGCUUGGCUUGUGA